GAAGCGGUUGACUCGGAUAUACCGGUUUGAUCUAUUUCAUACUAAUGUUUUAUGGGAGGUAGUAAUAGUUAUAUCAAAGAGAUAGAUAUGGCUAACAAAUUAUUGCCCGCUGCUGUAGUAGCUUCUCGUUCGAAACACACUGCUACGCUGAUUUUCUUGCAUGGAUUGGGUGACACGGGACACGGUUGGUCGGAUGCUUUGAAAGAAUAUGUUCCUGAUUACUUCAAGAUUAUAUGUCCUCAUGCGAAUUCAAUACCUGUUACACUCAAUGGUGGAAUGUGUAUGCCAUCAUGGUAUGAUAUAUAUGCUCUAAGUGAAAAUGCUAAGCAAGACGAAGCAGGAAUAAAAGAAGCAUCGAUUGAAUUAGGUAAAUUUGUUGAUGCAGAAGUAAAAGCUGGAGUCCCCGUCGGAAAUAUUGUUGUCGGGGGUUUUUCGCAAGGUGGUUCAGUGGCCCUUUAUAAUGCAUUAACGGGCACUUUACGGUAUGGUGGGGUUGUCGCUUUCAGUUCUUGGCUUCCACUCCAUACGAAAUUUAUGUCCUCUCCCACACUUUUGACCAUGCCCAAAGAUGUCCCAGUUUUUCAGUGUCAUGGAUUAGAGGACUCUACAAUUCCUUUUGCAAUGGGAAAGCUGACCCAUGAGCUUUUGAAAACUUUCCAGUUAUCCAAAUGUGAACUCAACUGUUACCCUCAGUUAUCUCACUCGUCAUGUGAAAAGGAAAUGGAAGAUCUUCGGACAUUCUUGUCAAAGAACGUACCUGGAACACAAUAAGCAUACGUGUGCCAGGUGUUGCUUAGUCGCCGUUGCCUAGGAUCUAAAAAGAAUAGUGUUUUUGAAGAAUGAUUCUUAAUUCCGACUUCCCCUCCCUCACUUCCAAUGUACUAUUUCCUGGCACAUGUUCGAAAUAUACUUUUUGACCUCACUAUGUAGGUUUUGCAUACUUUUCUUAUUUACAGUUCGUUUAAAAAUGUGGAUUCUUCAUCUGUCGAUUGUCUUAUGUAUUUUAAUGAAGAAAAAAUACAACCUUUAGUGCU